AUUCGUGGCAACCUCUAUUAUCACAUCAGUGGAAGCUACAUAAUUACAUCUACUAAUCUCUUAACUGUGAGAAUCGAACUAUCGUUCAUCAAAAUUUGUUAUGAUCAGUUAGUUUAUUGAACUUAUCCUUGAAAUGAUAUAUUUUGUUGUUUGUAGUACAAAAUCUCCGUCAAGAUUGGUACCAAUGCUUCAUCCACAGCGACAUGCGCACAACGAGAAACUUCCUGAAAUGACUGAUUUCGAAACGCAUUUCGGAUGCUGCAUUCCCAGCAUCUGUAACCAAAUGUCUAGCUACGUUCGAAAGGAAAAGAGCUGAAAAUCGGCUAGCAGCCCUGUUUUGGUGCAGAAUGUUGGAGAUUUGUAGUGUCUUGAGGUAUUGUUCGUAAGAGUGAAUCUGGACCGGGAGCUCAGCUGGAGCUGAAACCGCAGAGAGUGAGAGCGUUGGAGUAGCUCAGUGGCCCAGAUAAAUCGAUCCUAAUGUUGCCAUCAAUAAGUUCAAAUCCCGCCCUAGAGACAACAUGAACUGGUUUACUGAUGUAGUGGCUCAUCAUCCUUACGUGGUGUUGAUGGCAGUUGGAGUCUUCUCCUCUGCUUGUAUGAUUGUUUCAAUUGCCAACUCAACAUUGCCUAACUUUUCAGAUCCACAGAGAGGAUUUGAAUCGAGAGGAACCAUCAUUGCUCAAAGAAUGACUGCAUGGGAGAAUUUAAUAGAAGAGACCAAGCCAAGUGGAAUGUUAACGCUGAAUCCGAGCUCUGCCCCUCCCCUCAGUAUAUUCACUGCACCGUUUCCAAAGGAAAGCACGAAAACUACCACAAUGGAAAGUAAAGAUCGGGGAUCGUCGCUCAAUGAAAUUGACAAUACUCAGAAUAUAGUGUACGGCAAUGCUACGCGUGUGCAAUGGUCUGCUGAAACGUUCAAUGAGAGUAUCAACAGUAACAGAAUAAUUAGCAACCAUGUUGAUUGGGAACCAGUUAUAGAGCUGGAUUACAAUAAAAAUGAUAGCGAUUCGUCAAGUGAAGCUGAAAAAGAAGAGUUAUGGCCACUAUUUAAAAAUGAGGGAAACAAUAAACAUUCGUUUCAUUUCCACAACCACCUUUCUGAAGAUGGCUUUUUUUGCGGACAACCUGAUCCUCGUCACGCUCGUCUUGUACUAAAAUCAAGGGAUGACUCAGAUCUGUUCACUCUGGACGCCAUGUUGGAAAUGUGUCGACUGACCGGUGAUCUGGUGGCCGGCGAAAUUUUCGCUGACGUGUGCGAAACGGUCACCCACGACCACCAUCAUUGCUGCUUGCCCUGGUCUCUGCCCAACUACAUUGCACUCCUUAACAACCGCACAUCCUGUCACAAUAUCACCAAUGGAGAUUUGAAUAAGACUCGAACGUUACUGGAGGAAUGUGCCAACUUCUACUACGAUCUGCAAUUAGUGCCUGACCUGGGAAUCAAAGAAGUGCCACUCUAUUGUCGAAAAUACAAUGCUGUUUAUAACAUUAUACACUUCCUUGUAGAUACUGAUUUUCUACCACCGCAUAACGGCUCAAGAACCUUGAAAUAUACAACAAUUUUCCUGCCAAUGGCUUGCAGCACGGCCACUUUGGAUUACUAUCAUUCUCUUCACUCGAAAACAUUAUCUACAGAGCAUACUGUUGUUUCCGGCAUAGAAUUUGGUUUGAAGAAUGUGGUGUUCGACGAGUACCUGGUGAGAGACUCGUGGCUGGUCUGCAUGGGAGUAGUGUUCGUCCUCACCAGCAUCUGGUUGUACACCAACUCACUCUUCAUCACAAUCACCACCACACUGGCUAUCUCCUUCUCUCUCGGCAUUUCGUACUUCAUCUACACGCUCAUCUUCAAACUCUCCUUCUUCCCGUUCAUGAAUCUGCUGGCUUCGAUUGUGGCUGUCGGUAUUGGAGCAGAUGAUGCAUUCAUCCUGUGCAAAGUGUGGCAAUGCACUAAGAUGGACAACAGCAGUAUCACUCUCCAGCGUCUAGUCUAUGUCUCAAUGAGACACUGCACUCUGUCUAUGCUGGUCACCACCAUUACCACAGCGGCUGCUUUCUAUGCUUCCUACAUUAGCAAGAUCACGGCCAUUCGCUGUUUCAGUGUGUUCGCGGGCACCGCAGUGAUGGCCAACUUCGUGCUGAUGGUGACUUGGUUGCCGGCGUGCGUGGUGAUAGCGGAGCGCGUGUGUUGGCCAGCACUGGUCACCCUUCCAGCCUUCAUGCAGUCCACCUACGCAGCCUGGAACAAUGCAGCGAUCUCUCUCAACUCGCUCCUUGUCUCGUCCGUACUGCGCCUGCGCUAUGUAUGGAUUGUGGUCUACGGUGGCAUGGCCGUCGGCGGCGUUGUCAUUGUGUUCUAUUGGCCGAAACUCGAGCUGCCCGACUCGGCUGACUUCCAGCUGUUCACUAGUGACCAUCCGUUCGAACAGUACGAUAUUGUGUAUCGGAAGAAGUUUUGGUUCGAGCGGCUGCAAAGGGGUGAAGACAACGGUAACUGGGAAAACCCGAAUGCAAAGCUGCCUUUGAGGUUUGUGUGGGGUGUUCGGCCCGUCGACAAUGGCGACUACUUGGAUCCCUCAUCCAGGGGAAAGAUGAGACUAGACAAGCAAUUCGAUGUGGCCGAUCCUGAGUCUCAGAUAUGGCUGCUGCAGUUCUGUCGGCACCUCAGAGCGCAACCAUUCUACCAGUCAUCGCCGGGUCCGCUGCUGCCGAAUUGCUUCAUCGAGUCGCUGAUCGACUGGAUGAACCGUCGCUGCGUGGACCCGAUCGAUCGCAUCAGUCGUGCGCCCUGCUGCGAGUCGCAGACGUUUCCCUUCCAGCGACGCGUCUUCAACCAGUGCGUGAUGCAGGCGAUCGACGCACUCUAUCGGACGCCCGCAGAACUGUUCAUGCCGGGCGUCGCUGGGCCCAAGUUCAGUCGUGGCCCGACGCCGCGUAUCAAAGCGUUGGUGGUCGAGUAUGACAGCAACUUCCCCCAUUCCACCUCGUUCGACGAGAUGGAUAAGUUCUAUGAACAGGUAGAGACCUGGACGCGGGAAGAGAUGUCGCGCGCACCGGCGGGCAUGCGCGGUGGCUGGUUCGUGAGCGAGCUGGCGUUCUACGACCUGCAGCGCACCCUGGCCUCGGACACCGUGUCAGCCAUCACGGUGGCCAUGCUGGUGUCCCUCGUGGUGCUCGUGCUCAUCACACUCAACCUGCUCGUCAGUCUGUUCACCAUCGUCACCAUUUCGUCCAUCAUCUUCGUGACGGUGGCUGUGUUGGUGCUGCUCGGGUGGAAGCUCAACGUGCUCGAGUCCAUAUCGCUGUGUGUCGCCAUCGGGCUGGCGGUUGAUUUCAGUCUGCACUAUGCUGUCAAUUACAGAAUGUGCCCGGAGCAGAAACGCGAGCCGGCAGUGACGUACGCGCUGUCGUUGAUGGCCGGACCGACCGCGAUGGCUGCCCUCACCACAAUGGCGGCCGGCGCGCUGAUGCUGCCCUCUGCCGUGCUCGCCUACAACCAGAUCGGCCUCUUCCUGGUGGUGGUGAUGCUGGUGUCCUGGCUCUACUCCACCUACUUCCUCAUGCCGCUGCUCUCGGUAUUCGGGCCCGAGCAGGGCUACGGACAGUUCUCCUACCCCAAGUUUUGGCGCAGGGAGGGUCGCGGACCUAGGCCUAGAGGCGGUGGCCUAGAUCGCAGCAACAAGACAAUCUACACGAACGUGUUGUCCGAGUCAACACUGUCCUCGUCUUCGACCAUGUGUGCGCUGCAUAUGCUGGGAGGCGUCGAGGCGCACGAGUUGGACGCGUUCACGCGGCAGACGCGGCUGCGGUCGGGGUCAGCGUCCGGGUCGGUGUCGGCGUCCGGGUCGAAACGCAUCCGACGAUCGGGAAGCUUCUGUCAGGGGUCGGCGGCGACGCUCACGCAGCGGACGCCUAGGAAGGUGUCUUUGCCCGCUGAUCAGUCUCCUUCGGCGGUGUCAGCCACAACAAUAAUCCAUGACGAUGACUGUGAAAUCAUGGUGCUGCCGCUGCCGGGAAGCCACGCCUCCUAGGUGUUGCAGGGUGGGGGUGGCCACUGCUCUGGUGGGGAAGGGGGUGGUCACUGCUCGCAGCUCACUGUCAACUGUUGAAAGCCAUUCAUUACGCUUAUUGGCUGCCUUCUUGAUAGACGUGUGCCCGCUCAUAUUUCAGACCGAGUGGCGAAAUGAUAAAGACAUCAUAUCAAUGAAGAUCAGCCAACACUACAGCUUCUGAGAUUCCAGCUGGGAUUUCAUUUGUACUGAAUUCAUCAGGAUUAAUUACUGAGUUGAUUUGUACUGGAACCGUCACAUCAAUCACAUAAAAGUGAUUUGAUUUCCGAUAUACCGACCGAAUAUCUGCAUCCAUCAAAAAUAACCACAUGAUACUUCCAUCUUUGAAUCAUUUCCACUGAUAGAUAGCCUAAGUGAUAUUGUAAAUUUUAUACAGAAAAUAUUUUUUGUAAUAAGCUUUCUAGGUACAGUCAUGCUUCGGUGUUCUAGAACACUAUGUUCUUGUGCGGUAUUUAAAUAGUAUUACUGUUGAGAAUUUAGAGGUAGGCCUAUGUUUUAUGGUACUGAAAAAUCGUAUUGUCUAACCUUUCCAAUGAUAUCGAUGUUCUCGCUGUACAAUUUGAAGUAUCAGAGGCAACCUCAUGCCUUGAGAGAGGUUGUUAUCCUUCGAACUCUUAUGAUCGUUGGGAAUAAUUGUUGAUCGAAAGUUAGUGGUCUCUUUUUCAGUAUGUAAAAAUAUGUGUAUUGUGACAAGUAGUUGAUAGUUAUACCAUUCCAAGAUCAUACAUACAUAAAGUAUAUCAAUGUAUUUUUCUCUAAUAGAUUCAUUUGCUAUCUGAAGAUUUUUUCUGUUAGCACAAGAUUGAAAAAUCAAUCCCAAUUGAAAGAAUAAGACGUUGAUGUUGUCAAUAUUACUAUAUUUCUUCAAAAUCAAUUCAAUUAACAAAACAGGGAGAAAUACCCCAAAUAAAAAUGUCGAAUGAUAUUCUCGAAAAUUGUGAGAUUAUUCUCAAUAUACUUUUUGAGAGAGGUAAUAAAUGGAGAUUAUAAGAGUUUGGAAUGCAUCUUUCAAAACUUCAAAAUAGAUUUAACAUGAUUUGAUACUGUAAUUGGGUCACAUUUUAAAGAAAUCUGAACGAAAAUUAAUGAAAGUUUCAAAAAUUAUAGGGAACUAUUUUUAUGCGAAUCAUUUUUUAUAUUUUUCCAGCAAUAGUGUAUUUUCGAGUUUAUCAUAAGCUUCUUAAUAUUUGCUCAAUAUCAGAGAUGUUAAUUUUGUAAAAAAGAUUGUUUAUAAUGGAAUAUAAAAUCUAACAGUGCUUCAUUUUCAUUAAGGAAAUUAUAAUUUCAUUUCAGAUUGAUUAAAUAUUCAAAUGAUGAAGCUUCAAAUAUAAGACAUUUUCUGAUAAAAGGUCAUAAUCUAAUAAUUCAAAUUAGGCCUGAUAUGAAAAUGUCCUCUUAGAAAAUAUAAAUCAUAAUCAAUGCAAUUUGCAACAAUUAAUCUAAUUAUCUAUCUUGUUUGUCCUUAUAUUAUUAAUACAAUAAUGAUCCUAUUUGAUUCUACAGAAAUAACAUGAAUUUAUAAAUGGAAAAAAUAAUAAUUAAUAGCAUAAUAGGCCUAAUUUACUUGUAAACUACUUGAUAAUUUUACUUUUAUAGAGUUGGUUUUCUUUUAGAUAGGUAAUUGAUUCAUGCUUUCAUUCAUUUGUACUUAUCUUUGCUCACCUUCUUUUAGUGCGUUUAGGAAUUUCUCACGGAGAAAAAACAGUCUAUUAUCGAGUUGAAAUAACUGAAAUCCAUUAAAUAUGUGUCCACAAUAUUAUUGCUCUCGUUCAAUAUGAACGAUAAUCUUGUAAAUAUGUUGUAAGGUUUCAAUCAAUAUUUUGGAGACGAUCGUGAUCGUCAUGAACAAUGUAAUCAUUUCUCUUGUGAUUUUGUAACAAGACUUAGAUCAGUGUUUGCUCAGAUUUUAUUUAGAAUGAUCUAGAUGAAGCUGUUUUCAUGAAAUUUUAUACAGGCUUAAAUGAAAUUUAUCGAUCAAAAUCAAUGAAUAGAUGAAAAAUAGUUUGUUAUUUUAUAGAUAUGGGAAAUAUAAGUAUAUUAUGAAUAUAUAAAAUAAUUACAGUAACAUGAAAUGUGAUGUUAAAUAAAUCGUUCUUUAGGUGUAUAAAAAGACAAUAUAUUUGGAUAUAAAUGGAAUUUUAUCAAUAUAUUUCUGUUAAUCCUAAAUCUACUUGAAGAAAAUAUUUGUGAUAGUGAAUAGAUUUUUAUAUAUCAUCUCUGUAAGUAAUAUGAAUGAGUAGAAUGUUUGAUGUCCUAGAAAAAUAUGUCUAUAUAUAGACAUAAUACUAUGCUAUUCUAGAGAAAAUGAUAAAUAGCAAUCAUACAACAUAUUGGAAAAUCAUCAAUUGAAAAAGUUUGUCUCCCUUUUUUUAAGUAAUUUCAUAAUGAUGUCAUUGACUCUGACUAUAUUUUUUGGAAGUGACAUUAUUAUGAAUUCAUUACCGUGUGUAAUUGAGCAUUUAAAAAUAACCUAUUAUUUUUAGAUUAUUGAAACAUGAUCUCACAUUCGAUUAUGAUCGAUUAUCGACAUUAAAAUAAGGCAUGUCAAAUUUUAUGUGUUCGCAACUUACAGCAGACUUUGAAGUAUCUAAUUUUAUUCCAACUUAUUCCUCAAGACUUACUGAUUAUAUGUACAGUAAAUUUACAAAUUAAAAAGUAUUUACUUUAUUUGUAGCUUACUUCAUUUAAAGCUUCGAAAACAGAUUUUCUAAAGUUAUGAAAAUUAUUUGAUCUGCCAUAGGCCUAUUUUCCUACAAAGUUAUUUAAUUAUUGAACUAUUUGCAUAAUGUCCGAACUUCUUAAGAUUGUGCAGAAGACUUAUAUAGUCUACGGAUGAAAUGAGUUUUUGUCAAAAUAAUUUAAAUAGUCACUAUGUUGUAUUAAGUUAAUUCGAUUUAUGCAUUUUCAAGUUUGUGCUAUGAAGUAAGAAAGUUUGAACUAUGAUGUAAGAAAUACUGAAAUGUUGCAAUGGCUCUAAUUUAACCAUAGAGAGAAAAAACAUAGGUACAGACAUGCAUUGUAUGUAUGGUAGGGAACUGUAUUGUAUGUUACCAACUUUCAUUUGUUUCUAUCUGACUUGACUAACUCGUACUAUUGUAUGCUAAAUUUUUGUGUACCGUGUGCUGAUCACUAUCUGAACUAGGUUUCCAAUGUUGAUCAAUCAUUCUAUGUUGACUGUAUUCAAAUAUGCUGAAUCCAUGUAAUGGAAGUGAUACUGAACUUCAAUCGAUCGCACAAAACAAUGUAUACUACUCAACUUCUAAGACUCCGAUUUUUCAAACAUAACUGUUGCUUAUAGAUUUUCUAACCAUACGUUUACAUUAAGUACAUUUUCCCCUCAUAGACAAAAUUCAUUCUAAUCAGAAAUGAAAGAUCAUACAUUCUGAAUAACAGAAAAUGUGUGUACUUUGUAGAUAGGAAAUGAAGAAAGUAGAGUAGCCUUAAGCUUACAAGAAUGAGAUGUAGUUCAUCGUCGAUGUCAUCAUCAUCAUCGCCUUCUCACUCGUCACUGUCAUCUUCACCCCUCCCUCCAUCUUUAUCAUCAGCGGCUCGAGCUCUUGAAGUUUUUCCCCACAUGAGGUUCGGCGCGAUACGGGAGGUAUUGUGGGGAUAAAGACACACACAUCGAUUUUUGUUCGUACGAUAUUUUGUCGUCCUUAUGAAUUCUAUCAGAUUGAAUAGAAUUUGACAAACAUCAUCUGUUUAAUCUAAUAGAAUUUAUAAGGAAGGCAAAAUAACUUACGAACAAAAAUCGAUGUGUGUGUGCGGGGCUUUACUAUUUAGGUGUGAAAUAAUUUAUAUCAAUUGAAAAACAUUUAGGCUGCUGUUAUUGAUCUGAUGAAUUAGGAAUAUAACGAGUAUGAGAUUUGUUAGAAACUAUAACAUUCAUGCUAGUUCGUUUUGAUGAAGUUUGGUAAUGAGUAUUAUGCGUUGGUAUAUUGUUCAAUAUUUAGGAAGGAAAAAAUCGAUUGAAUGUUUUUUAGAAUGUUAAAAGUUGGAAAACACGUUUCUUGUUAGAAGAGGUCAAUUAUUAUUAUUAUUGGUAGUUGACUGUCAUUUUUGAAUGUUUAUUUAAUUGUUAUUAAUUGAAAAUUAGGACCUUCAUUGAACGUGAAAGACGACUUGAAAUUAUCAAUUUUGUUUUAUAUGUCUAUCUUUAUUCUAUGAUGCUCAUUUCACACCUCACUACAAACUUAUAUGACUGUCUUCAUUGGUGUUCCAAGGACCUAAAAGAUUGUAGUAUAGCCUAUAGAAGUUUGAGAAGUGUUUUAGCUAUUGUGAUUUUUUAUUACUUUUCAUUUUGUUUUAACUUGUAAAUACUUUCAUUUUUAUUUAUAUUUUAUUAAAGAAAUCUAGUCAGAGUAUAAGUGCCAAGGUGUAUUUUAUAUUAUGGCAGUGGAAAGUCAAUACAAUAUACGGUUAAAAUAAUAAAUUACGGUAGCGGUACCCAACUGAAACUUUUAUUGAAGGUUGGAGCUAACUUCAGGUGUGCUGUAUUAUGAUUGUAAUCUCAUAAGAUAGAAUGAGACCUAACAUACAUAAAUAUAAUGAGUCGAUGGUCGAGUAAAGGGAAGUUUAUGGACAGCAGUAUUAUGAAUCAUAUAAUUUGAGCUUGAAUUUAGAAACAUCUAUGUUUAAAAUAAGAUUGUCAGUAAAAUCCAGGUGGAUUCUUGUGCUGUUUUCAUUCAUAAAUAGAUGACCUACAUAUUUAUGACAUUGAUAUUUAAAUCGUAUUUUCGAUGCUCAGAAGAAAAUAUGAUUUCAAUGAUACUAAGCAUAGCGAAAAAAUGAAGAAGCAUUGAGGAAGAAUAAUAUUUAAUUUAGAUUUGUUGAGUUAUAAAUCAAAGUUAAAUUUGUCAUUGAUAGUGAAAUCUAGAAUUAAUGUAUCAGUAUUUAUGUAUCCUUUCAGUAUUGUAUUUCUGUCCUCAUGCCUGUGAUGUUAUUAAUGGAAUCUAGUAUGUAAGCAAAUUGCAUUAAACGUCGAUGUAAAUGUAAUAAAUGUUGAAAAUUGUCUGUGUAGAAAAUUAUAUGAAUUUUAUUGAA